GUCUUUCAUCAUCUUCACACAAGCAAGCAAACAAACAAUAUACAUAUAUUUUUCCUAAUAUAUAUAAUAAUUUGUUGUGAGAGAAAUUGUUGGAGAUAAUAAUAGAAAUAGAAAUGGUGUCGCCAGAAGAGAACAACACAAACUGGAUAUACGAAUAUGGAUUAAUUGAAGAAGAUAUAGGAGGUGUUGUACCACCACCUGCACCUGGUUUCAAUAAUUUCAAUUGGCCAAUUCAACAUCCCCCCACUUUCAAUCUUUCUUCUUCUAACCCCCUUAGUGUCGAAUUUGAUGGCUCUAUCGUGGAUUCCGAUGGACAUAACGAUUCCAGAUCCAAAAAGCGGGGAAGGUCUGAAUCUUGCAAUGCUACAAGUAGCAAAGCGUGCCGAGAGAAAUUAAGGAGGGAUAAGCUAAAUGACAAGUUUGUUGAAUUGGCUUCAAUUCUUGAGCCUGGGAGGCCCCCUAAAAUUGAUAAGGCUGCUAUUUUGGUUGAUGCUGUCCGAAUGGUGACUCAAUUACGGAAAGAAGCUCAGAAGCUGAAAGAUUCUAACACAGAUCUUCAGGAGAAGAUUAAGGAGCUGAAGACUGAGAAAAAUGAACUCCGCGACGAGAAGCAGAGACUGAAGAUGGAAAAAGAGAAGCUUGAGCAACAAGUAAACACCAUGAACCACCCACAACCUACCUUCAUGGCUCCACCUGCAAUCCCAGCUGCAUAUGCUGCAGCAGCUGCCGCUGCUCGAGCUCAACCUAUGGGCAACAAGUUGGUUCCAGUCAUGAGUUACCCAGGAAUGGCCAUGUGGCAGUUCAUGCCACCUGCUGCGGUUGAUACCUCACAGGAUCAUGUGCUCCGGCCACCAGUCGCCUAAUUUGGCAAUCAUUGCAUGUGCAGGCAGUUUGUCAUUGAUCUAUGACUCUGUGUUAGGUUUUGUGUAACUAUGGUCAAACUUGGUAUUCUACUCCCCAUGUUAUAAUUGUGGUAUCUUUAUGAAGUUAAACUAACUGUUAAUGUGUGUGACUUUGUUAGUUUGUGUUGGGUGUGGCUUUUCGUGACUUGUAGGGACUCGAUUUUGAUUCGGCAAGUGAAAUCAUGAAUCUUGAUGCUUGUGAAAUA